UAAGUGAGGGACAGAGAACUGUUGCCACAGAGCAGCUUAAUGUGUUGCAUAACACUGCACAAAAAAGGACUGCCAACCUCAAAAAUGUAAUACCUUUAAAAGGGAAUAUUAUACGUAGACAAAAGGACAGGGAAUAUAAAUUCAGAUGGAUGCACUCACUGCUGAGGCUCUUUUCUUACGUUCCUAUUUAGCUAGUGGAUGUGGAGAAAAUCUUUACAUGUCUACAGAGCCAAAUUCUUGGGAAGAUGCAAUUCAAGCCUGGUUUGAUGAAGUUGAAAAUUUUACCUAUGCUGUUGGAGCUAAGAAUGGGGAAGUUGUUGGACACUAUACUCAGGUGGUCUGGUACAGGUCCAACUUGGUGGGCUGUGCUGUUUCUUCCUGUACAGACUCUGACUACAAUUACUUUUAUGUUUGCCAAUACUGCCCUCCUGGAAAUUAUCAAGGUUUACUCGCUACUCCUUAUAACGCUGGUACACCAUGUGCUGACUGCCCACAGGCUUGUGAAGAAGGUCUCUGCAACAACCCCUGUCCCUAUUUCGACAAAUAUGGCAACUGUGGUACUCUAAGAGAUAAAUUUGGAUGCUCUUCUUCUGUUGUAUCUUGGUGUCCAGCUUUAUGUAAAUGUAUCACAGAAAUAAAGUAAAUGUGUAAAAGUAGGAAGAUAAUUAUGGCAAGCACAAAUACAUUUGUAUUAGAACCAGUAAAGUUACAAUGUAUAAGAGAAUAAUAACGUGUUUUAGAUAGUGGAAAUAAUUGUCAUAUUUAAAUGUAGUAUGGUGCUUUCAGUCUUGUUUUUUUCAAAAUUACUAUUAAAAUGUUUUGUUCA